GACAGGUAAUCAAAUGCCACAACGGGAAUUGUGUGCUUAUUAACGACACUCCCUUUUCCUGUUUUAUUGAACAGAUAAGGAUUUUAUAAAGUGCAAUUCAAUGAGAAAAACAAGUUUGCAAAAGUGGUGAUUUUGUAGGACAAUGGAACUAUAAACAUUAAUUAUCUCAGACAAAAUUCAAAAUGUCCACUUUGUCGAGAUCAGUCCAUAUCAGCCAGCAAAAGCUGGCUGAGAAGCUUAUCAUCCUCAAUGACCGUGGUAUCGGCAUGCUGACGAGAAUCUACAACAUAAAAAAGGCCUGUGGGGAUGCUAAAUCAAAGCCUGCAUUCCUCUCUGAUAAAACCUUGGAAUCCUCUAUAAAACAUAUUGUUAGAAGAUUCCCAAAUAUUGAUGUGAAAGGACUCCAAGCAAUUACGAAUAUCAAGAAUGAAAUAAUAAAGUCCUUAUCUCUCUAUUAUUACACAUUUGUUGAUCUUCUUGACUUUAAAGAUAAUGUUUGUGAACUAUUAAACAUAAUCGAUGCAUGUCAAGUGACAUUGGAUUUGACCCUUAAUUUUGAAUUGACUAAAAAUUAUCUCGACUUGGUCACUACAUAUGUAUCUUUGAUGAUCCUACUUUCUAGAGUAGAAGACAGAAAGGCAGUUCUGGGAUUAUUCAAUGCGGCACAUGAAUUGCUUCAUAAUCAAAUUGAUCCAAGCUUUCCUCGACUCGGUCAAUUGAUUGUAGAUUAUGAUGCACCAUUAAAAAAAUUAUCUGAAGAAUUUUUGACACACCAAAAAGUUUUAUCGAGUGCAUUGAAUUCCCUGUGGCAUGUAUAUCCUGCUAGAAAUCUUACUGCAGAGCAUUGGAGAUCAGAACAGAAGCUUAGUCUAGUAAGCAACCCAGCAUUGCUCUUAAAACCUUCAGAAACAAAUACUAUGUCAUGUGAGUAUGUUUCUUUAGAGUCGUUAGAAAGAUGGGUGAUUUUUGGUUUUGCCAUGUGCCAUCAGAUGCUGCAACAAGAUCAUGCAAACAAAAUGUGGGUGAGUGCAUUAGAAUCUGGCUGGGUAGUUGCGCUAUUCCGAGAUGAGGUCAUCUACAUACAUUCAUACAUUCAAGGCUUUUUUGAUGGUAUAAAGGGAUAUGGAAAAAGGAUAUCUGAGGUUAAAGACUGCUAUCAUCAUUCAGUUCAAAAAGCUGGUUACAAGCACAGAGAGAGAAGAAAAUUUUUGAGAACAGCUUUAAAGGAACUUGGUCUUAUAUUAACUGACCAGCCAGGACUACUAGGGCCUAAGGCAUUGCUCAUAUUUAUCGGCCUCUGCUACGCUAGAGAUGAAGUGUUUUGGCUGUUGCGGCAUAAUGACAAUCCCCCACAAAAAGUAAAAGGAAAAUCUGCUGAAGAUUUAGUAGAUCGCCAACUUCCAGAGCUCUUGUUUCAUAUGGAAGAGUUGAGAGCAUUAGUUCGUAAGUACAGCCAAGUAAUGCAAAGAUAUUAUGUACAGUACCUGUCAGGUUUUGAUGCUGUGGCUUUGAACCUUAUGAUACAAAAUUUACAAGUGUGUCCAGAAGAUGAAAGUAUCAUACUCUCUUCAUUGUGCAACACUGCCGCAAAUCUGACUGUUAAACAAGUAGAAAGCAAUGAGUUAUUCGAUUUUCGUGCCUUUCGCCUGGAUUGGUUCAGACUUCAAGCAUAUACAUCAGUUGGCAAAGCUCCUUUCAAUUUAGUUGACCAAAGAGAACUAUCACAAUUUAUUGAUAAAAUGGUAUUUCAUACUAAAAUGGUUGACAACCUUGAUGAAAUUAUGGUGGAAACCUCAGAUUUGUCAUUGUUUUGUUUUUACAAUAAAAUAUUUGAAAGUCAAUUUCAUAUGUGCUUAGAAUUUCCAGCACAAAAUCGGUACAUUAUUGCAUUCCCACUCAUUUGCAGCCACUUCCAAAACUGUACACAUGAGCUGUGUCCAGAAGAAAGACACCACAUUAGAGAAAGGAGUCUUUCUGUAGUUAACAUAUUCCUUGAUGAGAUGGCAAAAGAAGCUAAAAACAUUAUCACAACUAUUUGUGAUGAGCAAUGUACAAUGAGUGAUAAACUUCUUCCAAAGCAUUGUGCACAAACAAUCGCUCACCUUGCUAAUCGUAAAAAGAAAGAUAAGAAUAAGAAAAAUCCCAUUGAGAUAGUUAAACCAGGUGCUGAGAGUUACAGAAAGACCAGGGAAGAGUUAACUACAAUGGAUAAACUGCAUAUGGCCCUGACAGAACUGUGUUUUGCUAUAAACUACUGCUCCACAGUCAAUGUAUGGGAGUAUACAUUUGCACCUCGCGAAUAUUUACAUCAACAUUUAGAGACGAGAUUUUCUAAAGCACUUGUUGGUAUGGUAAUGUUUAACCAAGAUACUAGCGAAAUCGCUAAACCUUCCGAAUUGCUUGUGAGCGUAAGAGCCUAUAUGAAUGUUCUUCAAACCGUUGAAAACUAUGUUCAUAUCGAUAUCACGCGUGUUUUCAAUAAUUGCCUUCUUCAACAAACACAAAAUAUGGAUAGCCAUGGUGAAAAAACUAUAGCGUCCCUUUACACUCAGUGGUAUUCGGAAAUUUUGUUGCGGCGCGUAAGUGCUGGAAGUAUAUGUUUUUCAAUGAAUCAGAAGGCAUUCGUAAGCCUUUCAGCCGAAGGUGCGAUACCCUUCAAUGCCGAGGAAUAUUCAGAUAUCAAUGAAUUAAGAGCUCUUGCGGAAUUGAUUGGUCCAUAUGGAAUGAAAUUGUUAAGUGAGACAUUAAUGUGGCAUAUCGCGAGUCAAGUUCAGGAGCUAAAGAAAUUAGUCGUACAAAAUAAAGAAGUUCUCCAAAUGCUUAGAACUAACUUUGACAAGCCUGAAAUUAUGAGAGAACAGUUCAAAAGGCUGCAACAGGUGGAUAAUGUGUUGCAAAGAAUGACAAUAAUAGGGGUUAUAUUGAGCUUCCGACAGAUAGCACAAGAAUCGUUACUUGAUGUUUUAGAACGACGAAUUCCAUUCCUGAUUAGCUCAAUUAAGGACUUCCAGCAGCAGUUACCGAGUGGAGAUCCAAUGCGAGUCAUAUCUGAGAUGUGUUCGGCGGCUGGCUUGCCGUGCAAAGUUGAUCCCACAUUAGCCUCGGCUUUACGUCAACAUAAAGCUGAGCUUGAGGAAGAAGAACAUCUUAUCGUAUGUCUCUUGAUGGUGUUUGUUGCAGUUUCUCUUCCAAGACUAGCACGAAGCGAAGGUUCGUUCUAUCGUCCAUCUUUAGAAGGUCAUGCGAACAAUAUUCAUUGCAUGGCUCCUGCUAUCAAUCACAUAUUCGGUGCUUUGUUCACGAUAUGUGGCCAGGGCGAUAUAGAAGAUAGAAUGAAGGAAUUCUUAGCUCUCGCUUCGUCUUCUUUGUUACGGCUGGGUCAAGAAACUGAUAAAGAAGCAAUAAGGAAUCGCGAAUCUGUAUAUUUGCUUCUAGACCUUAUUGUGCAAGAGUCGCCGUUCCUUACAAUGGAUCUACUAGAGUCGUGCUUCCCUUACGUUUUGAUACGCAAUGCUUACCACGAAGUUUACAAGCAGGAGCAAAUGCUAUUGCAUUCUUAAUUUAUUCUGCAUUAAUUAUUAUUAGAAUAAUUAGAAUUUCCAUAAUGUUAAGAAAGACAUUUCUAUGACAUAGGACAUUGUAGUUUACGAGGUUAUUAUUUAUAACGCACUUCUUGUAAUACCUGAUAGUUCUAAACUUAUAAGUUGUGUUCGUUUAUCUGUUUGAUGUAUUAUGUACUCACACAAAAAUAAUAUUCACGAUUCCAUAUUUGCAUUCUUUGGGCCUUAAAAGACUGGUAAAGUAUUCCUUUUCAAUAAGUAUUGUCAUAAACGAAAUAAUGUAUUUUGAUAGGUUUUAGCUUUAUUACGUAGAAUUGUAACAAUUAUAUAAUUUAUAAAUUUACGUUUAUAGUGUCUGUCUAAAUUAUAUUUGGCUUUUAUACAUGUGCUAUCAGACAGUUUUUUUUUAUAAUAAUAUGAUAGAUGGAUUAGAUUUAAGCUUUCUCGUAUUAGCAUUUAAGUGAAUAUCACAUAACAUGUUAGUUAAAGUUAUGAUCAGAUUUUUUAUAAUUGUUUUAUAUUUCUUUGAUACUUUAUAGGUAGCAAUAUAGAGCAAGUUAUGAAUUGCAGACUGUCCAUGGCGUUUCAUCAUCUCAUGUAACAAAUAAAUUAUUUAGUAAUCUUCAUCUACAGUUUUAUUAUUUUACUCAAUGUUGUGUGCUUUGAACACGUGUUCAGAAGUUUCCAUCUUUUUUUAUAGUUUUUCUUUUUUGUUCUUAUAACUCAAUUCCUUUGGUGCUUCUAUAUGUAAACAUAAUUCGAAAGUGUCAAGCAUUUGAAUAAAAUAUUUCGCUCUUAAAAAAUUCCUAAUUGGCAUAUUACGUCUCGUAGUUACUAUCUUAUUUGGUUCUUUGUAUGCCUAGUAUAUAAAUAGGCACUAUUUUAUAUUGUCAAUCAUCAUAAAUGUUUUAUCCCUUAAUAUUUUACAAGUUUAACUGUUUAUUAAACCCCACUGUUCUUAGUCCUUUAUAGAAUCAGAAUGAUCUCAUACAAUGAUGUAAUUCUAAAAACAUUUAUAGCAGUCAAUUAGAGGAUUAUCUUGAAUACAUUAAUCACUCAACAAAUCCAUAACCUUGUUAGAUUAACCGCCGAGGCUAAAAGUUUACCAAAAGACAAUACAUUAGCACUAAACACACAUUUUGUAUUUUAGAGAUUUUGUUGCAUGCGUGCAAGUAAUACGCUAAGUCUAAUAUAAGACAUUUUGUAACUUGUAUAUAUGAAUAGUACCUUACAAUAAAUUUUUAAAUAUU